UUAAGGAGGAUUUUGAGAAGCUCCGUGGGUUCCUGCAGGAGGAGGAGGCAGCCAGGCUGGCGGCCCUGAGGAACGAAGAGAGGCAGAAGCUCCAGCUGCUGGUGAGGAAGACUGACACGCAGGACAAAGAGAUCUCCUCCCUUUCACAGACGAUCCAAAGCAUCCAGAAGGACAUGGCAGCAGACAAUAUCUCAUUUUUACGCAAAUACAAACAGACAAAGGAAAGGUGAGUGUUGCCUGCUGUCUCUCUCUUCUCUGUGGUUCUGAACCCAAACCCACAGCAGCACUGACUCCUGAAUGUUAUUCCAGAGCCCAGUGCACACUGCAGGAUCCAGAGAGGGUUUCAGGAGCUCUGAUCAAUGUGGCAAAGCACCUGGGCAACCUGAAGUUCAGAGUCUGGGAGAAGAUGCAAGAGAUUGUUCAAUACACUCCAGUGGUCCUUGAUCCCAACACUGCACACCCUGGUCUCGUCCUGUCUAACGACCUGACCACGCUGAGACACGGCGACAGACGGCCCCUUCCUGAGAACCCCGGGAGGUUGGUAAAAAACACGGUGCUGGGCUCUGAGGGCUUCAACUGCGGAACUCACUGCUGGGAUGUGGAGGUCAGGAACAGCAAAAAAUGGGCCCUGGGUGUGAUGACGGAGUCUGCCAGGAGGAAAAGCUCACCUAUGAACGAGGGCGUUUGGAUGCUGUUUCACUUUCACCAGCAGUACGGCGCUGGGUAUUGCGCCGGAGAGUCUGUACACAUCAUCAUGAGGCAGAAGCUCCAGAGGAUCAGAGUGCAGCUGGACUGGGACGAAGGAGAGUUGUCAUUCUCUGACCCCGACAACAACACACACCUCCACACCGUCACACACACGUUCACUGAGAGUGUUUCCGUGCUUCUCCCAGGCGUGUAAGCUGGUGCCUAUGAAGGUCCUGCCUGUGAGGACGUCCGCUUCUGUAGAGCAGUGUAGGGCCAUCACAGGGGAAGCGUGUCUAAGAGCAGAGGUAGAGCUGCUCCCUUCUGAACAGCACUAACAUGGUUAUUCUGCGGCAGCUAUAGCAGCAUAAGUAAACCUGAUGACCUCUCCAUGGUUGUUCCUGGCUAUGUUCCUGGGGGGCAAUCAUCUGAUUGUAAUUUUGUUAGUAUGUUGUGAAGUUUAUGUUAAAUUGUUAUGUUCCUGUGUAUGUUUCAGACUUAUGUUCGGCCAUCCCUCAUGCUAGAGGUGUUUGACCCUCUACCUCUGCAGAUUGAUUUUGUAUUCCUCUGGUCUGCCACUUUGUACAGUAAAGUCACAUUUUCAAGUUAUGACCUGAUUGACUCACUUUUCCCACAAGUAGCAGAUCCAAAUGCACUCUCUGCAGGGAGCAUGUCUCUGUCUAUUGUGAGGUACACUGAUCACUAUUGCACCAACGUUAGAUUACACUGCUGUGUCAUGCUUCAUGGGCAUGACACUGCAGGUUUUCCACUGAAUGGAAAACCAGACCUGUGCGCUCCAUCUUUAUGGUUUCAGGAUGUAAGACCAUAGCCGCAGCCUGUAGGGGAAAUUAUUGAGCUAAAACAUAUAGGGGUUAAAGGCAGAGGAGACUAGAAAAGGAUUCCAGCACAAGCCAGUUAUUCUGUCUCCUACUGACUG